GGAUCCGCCGCUAUCUUCAGCAAUUAAAGUUGGACGCAGAAACUCAGAAGCAAAAAGACGAUAAAUAUUCAUCAUCACCUUCUCUCUUCACCGUUCUCUCUUUCUCUCUCACCUCUUCUUCACACGAAACCUCCUCUUUGUUUCCUCUUCAAGGUUUUAUCUUCUCCAACUUCAAGCUUACUACAUCUCAAGCUCAAGUUAUAUUUCCCGGAAAAGUGACACAAACAAGAACUUGACAAGGGAGAAACAGAAAGGAAAGCUUAUAUUCAUAUAUCAACGGUUGACGUUGGAAAGCUUAUUAAGAUUCGGUUUUCUACAUAUUUGUUCUUCCUGAAACGUCACGAAACAGAGCACAGGAAGAAAAUCAGGGGAAUUUUCGUCCCAUUUUUUAAUGGAUUCAAAUAAUCAUCUCUACGACCCGAAUCACACCGGGUCGGGUCUUCUUCGUUUUAGAUCAGCUCCGAGCUCUGUUCUCGCCGCUUUUGUUGACGACGACAAGAUUGGAUUCGACUCCGAUAGGUUGCUUUCACGAUUCGUUAGCUCUAAUGGCGUAAACGACGAUCUGGGUUCACCUAAAUUCGAGGAUAAGUCUCCGGUUUCGUUAACGAACACCUCUGUUUCAUACGCCGCCACUCUGCCGCCGCCACCGCAGCUUGAGCCGUCGAGUUUUCUGGGUUUGCCGCCGCAUUACCCGAGGCAGAGUAAAGGGAUGAUGAACUCGGUUGGUUUGGAUCAGUUUCUGGGUAUAAAUAAUCAUCACACCAAACCAGUUGAAUCCAAUCUUCUCCGGCAAAGCAGCUCACCCGCCGGAAUGUUCACUAACCUCUCUGACCACAACGGUUAUGGUUCAAUGAGAAAUAUGAUGAAUUACGAAGAAGAUGAAGAGAGUCCAUCUAACUCCAACGGAUUAAGACGCCAUUGCAGCCUCUCUUCAAGGCCACCUUCUUCACUGGGAAUGCUCUCUCAAAUACCUGAAAUUGCACCCGAAACGAAUUUUCAAUAUAGCCAUUGGAAUGAUCCAUCCAGCUUCAUUGAUAACUUAUCCUCCCUUAAAAGAGAAACAGAGGACGAUGGAAAAUUGUUUCUCGGAGCUCAGAACGGAGAGUCCGGGAAUCGUAUGCAGUUACUGUCGCAUCAUUUGAGUCUACCCAAGUCCUCAUCAACAGCGUCGGACAUGGUUUCAGUAGAUAAGUAUCUUCAGUUGCAAGAUUCUGUUCCUUGUAAAAUUAGAGCCAAACGUGGUUGCGCUACACAUCCUCGAAGCAUCGCUGAACGGGUAAGAAGAACGCGGAUAAGCGAGCGAAUGAGGAAAUUACAAGAGCUUGUUCCUAACAUGGACAAGCAAACGAACACUUCGGAUAUGUUGGAUUUAGCAGUGGAUUACAUCAAAGAUUUACAAAGACAGUAUAAGGUAAAGUUCAUGAUCAUUGUGGAAAAACUAAAGGGCCGGUUUAAGUGUAAUCCGAUUGAAUUGAUUUAGACUUCUGUUGGGUUGGUUUACACAGAUUCUAAACGACAACAGAGCUAACUGCAAGUGUAUGAACAAAGAGAAGAAGUCAAUAUAGGGCGCAACAAAGUGUGUAGAUAGGACUAAAAAAAGCAGAGAGAAGGAUAAGAAAGAAACUAUGUCAUGUCUGAAUAUUUUUUAGCCGAAACAGACCAAAUUGUCUAUGUAAGCUCUUGAGGAAAAAGCAUCUGCUUUCAACAACAUCCUAAGCAAUAAAAUAGUACUCGAUUUGUUCUUUUC